CUCGUGCCAACUCAGUUGAGUGUUGUACGAACUUGGGCACAGACGUAUUUUGAUUUGCUGCGUUGCGUUGGUUAUAUAUAGAUACGUGUGUCGCCUCUGAGGCGAAGUUUACCAAUAAAGUUUUUAGAGAUGGCUCCUCCUGAUGUGCAGUUACUCAUAUGGCUGGAGGAGAUAUCGCUUGAUAGAAGUGAACUUGAUGACGAUUUGGGUGUAGAUAUCGAUUCAGAUGAUAGUGUGGCUGAUCCCACUUACGUCGAUGAUUUCGACGAUGACAUGCAGUAUAUUGAUGUAUCUAAUGAAAUUGAUGUCAAUAUACAAUCCACACCGGCUCAUGUUCAUGAAGCUGUAGACACGUCGCAAAAUGGCGAACAAUUGGCUUGUGAGAACUGGAUAAUUACGCCAUCGGCAUCGGUUAUGAGGGGUAAGAACAAAUAUAUAUGGUCUUCCGAACCGUCUUCGACAACAAAAGUAUCGAACAGAACUCCUUCGAGAAACAUAGUUCAUAUUAUGCCAGGGCCAAAAGAAGAAGCCAAGGGUAUAGUAGAUCCCUUGAAGUGUUUUGAACUGUUUUUUACUACAGAAUUGAGGGAUGAAGUACUCUUACGCACUAAUGAAUAUAUUGACCAAGCAGCUACCAAGUAUACAAUUCAGAAUACCACUACAUCACAGGUAACAAUAGAAGAGCUUCGUGCUCUUAUCGGUAUAUUUAUCAUGAGUGGUGCGUUAAAAAAUAAUCACUUGUCAACUGUUGAACUGUUUGACCCUACUAUUUGUGAUGUGAAAUAGUAGGUGGAAAACCCACAAAUUUUAUUUUGUCUUGCAGAAUUUAUUUUAAGUUUUAAGAUUUAUAUUAUUUUUUAAUAUGUUAAAUAGAUAUAAGGUCUACAAGACACUGAAGUUUUUUUUUUUGAUCUCAAACUGUUUUUUAAUUUUUUAUAUUUUUUUUGUAAAAGAUCUAUUCAUACUACUAAUAAAAUAUGUGAUCCAUAAAUGUUGCCAAUAAAAUAUUUAAGAUAUUUAAAAAAUGAAUUGUUGUUUGUUUAUUUUUAUUACCA